AUGUCUCAAUUCACGACCGGCGACGUCGCCUUCCUCCUCGAAUGGCACCGUUUCGACGAGGGCAAACGAGCUAUGCUCGAACGCCUCAACCCAGCUCAGUACAUGAAAGGUGCCUGUGGACAUCCCGUCAUUGUCCUGAAGAAGACCGCAAGCCAUGCGCUUGUCACCACUGUCUCGGCCCAUGGGUCGGCACCGUGGAAUAACUGGCAAGCCCCAUGGACCUCCGGCCGCCACUACGCCAGGGUGGCUGAUCAUUUCCGUUCCUUUGCCGGAACCCAGAGGCCGAACAGCCGAAGGGAGUUCCUUCGCCUUUCCAAGGGUGCUUGGCCCAAGCCAAAGAGUUCUUUCGUUCACGUGGAGAACGUCCUUCUUGUUCCUCUCUUUGCUUUGGGUGACUUCACGAAGCCCAAAUGCUGGGAAAGGGAUGGGACCAUUCUCCAUGUGUCCCCGACCAGUAUGCAUGAUCUGAUCAUGCAUAUCCAGGUGGCCAACCCCAAGUGGCUUGAGCUGCUUGGCCGACUCGAGUUCCUCGCGGUCAAGAAGCCAAAAGCCAUCACGACGAAGCAGCAACCUCCUGUUCCUCCUCCUCCCCCUCCUCCUCUUCUUCUUCCUUCGCCUCCUCCCACUCCUCCCACUCCUCCAGCAGCGAUGCCGGCCCCCCCUCCUCAACCAGCCAGCGAGUCUGGCUGGACUGAGGUGGUGAAGAAGAAGAAGAAGAGGUAAACUCUUCGCACCAGCAAGACUUCGAGACGCGCGCGGUGGUGACUUAGCAAACAACGGGGGGGCGUGGUGGUCAUACACUUCACCCCUCGGCUGCGGGUCACUUGAUCGUCGUUGUCGUCGUCGUCGUUGUUGUUGUCAAAACACUACAAGAAUCAGUUGGUUGAAAGAAAGAAGAAGAAGAAUAAGUCUCACCCCAUCUCGGCUUUAAGUCUGCCCUGCGGACCCUUCUUUCCUCUCACCAUCUGUCAUUACACCUACCUACCUCUACCAUUACCAUUUCCGAUAACCGUUCCGACCUCUCCAUCUUCAUCAUCACGAUCCUUCUCAACCACCCACCUUUACAGCCGGAGGACUCACGAUCCGAUCGAGCCGAGUCAC